GCAAAUCGAAAGCUGGGAGUGUAGAGAUUCAUAAACCCAGUAAGCAAAAGUCGAGUAUUGUUGUUGCUAAAAAUAACUCUGAUAGGUCUAGUACUAGUUCUGCUUCUGCUUCUUCUUCUUCUGGUGCUGCUGUCACUACUGUUCCACUAAAAGCUGGAAAAGGAAACUCACAGGUCCUUGACUCUGGAUCCUCAAGGCAGCCAUUACCAUUUCCAGUACCCUCAUUCUUCUACUUCAACCGGAGAACCCACCAUCGAAUAUGCAGCAAGAAAAAUGGGGGAGCAGAGCCACAACAACCUUCACCACCACCACCACCGCGCCACCGCCUCGUCCUCCUCCGCUGCUGCUCGACUUGGUCUCGGGAUAAGAACCACUACAUCUUCCUCCACGGCCAGCGAGAUCGUGGAGGCUCGCGGGGGCCACAUUAUAAGAGCCACCGGCCGGAAAGACCGCCACAGCAAGGUCUGCACCGCCAAAGGCCCCAGGGACCGCCGCGUCCGCCUCGCCGCCCACACCGCCAUUCAAUUCUACGACGUCCAGGACCGGUUGGGAUACGACCGCCCCAGCAAGGCCGUCGAUUGGCUCAUCAAGAAAGCCAAAGCCGCCAUCGACGAGCUCGACGAGCUGCCGCCGUGGAACCCGAACUCAAUUUCCGUCCAGACUUCAGCUUCUCCGACUGCGCCGCCGACUUCCGCGGCGCAAGAAACGCAGAACAACUCGAGCCUCCAUUUCUCGAUGGUGGAGGCUCCGAGUUCGUUGUCUGCUAAUCGGAGAGCUUCAAUGGUGGGUAGCGGCGUGGCGGAGCUUGUGAAUCAAAACAGCUCGAAUUUUCUGCCACCGUCGAUGGACUCCGACUCAAUCGCAGAUACUAUUAAGUCUUUCUUCCCAAUGGGUGCGGCAACGACGGCAGAAACGCCGUCGUUCCACCCGAGCUAUCCGCCGGAUUUGCUGUCGAGAACCAGCAGCCAGAGCCAAGAUCUAAGAUUGUCUCUUCAUUCUUUUCAAGACCCAAUUCUUCUUCACCACCACCAAGCUCAUCAGCAUCAGACCCAUCACCAAAAUGAGCAGACUUUCCUAACCCCAAACCCUCUCGGGUUCGACAGCUCCGCCGCCACGUGGACAGAGCAGCACCACCAGCAGCAGCAGCAGGCGGAGCUCAACAGGUUCCAGAGAAUGCUGGCUUGGAGUAAUGCCGGUGGUGGCGAUAGUAACAACAACAACAACAACAACAGCGGCGGUGGAGGUGGUGGGUUUACGUUCAACUCGCUACCGCUGAGUCAGUCACAGUCGCCGACGCUGCAGCCGUUCUUGUUCGGCCAAAACCAGUUCUUUUCAUCACAGAGGGGACCCCUUCAGUCCAGUAACGCGCCUUCGGUUCAUGCCUGGAUAGACCACAACGACCUUUCGGACCAUCAACAUCAGAUGGCGCCGUCAAUGCAUAACCAUCAUCAUCAACAGUCUUCCAUUUCCGGCAUGGGAUUCGCCUCCGGCGUAUUCCCCGGCUUCCACAUUCCGGCAAGAAUCCAGGGCGAGGAGGAGCACGACGGCAUCUCCGACAAGCCGUCCUCUGCUUCCUCCAAUUCUCGCCAUUAAAUCGAAACACUGAACUUCUCUUCCACCCUCAAAGGCUCAUUCUAUUGUGAGAGGAAUGAUUAAGGAGAUAGCUGUUCAUGCGAGUUUAGUUAAAGACAGAGAAGAUUUUCCGGUUACUUCGAUUUCAAUGGCGUGUGUAGACCUUGGGAAGAAGAAAUCUGUGUUCGUAUUCGGGUUUCGAUCCCUCGGUUUGUUUAUCUUAGCUUCUGUUUUUCAUCAGUUACCUUUGUUAUGUUGUUGUGUUCAUGUUU